AAGAUUCCAUUCAUUACGCAUAAUACCAGGGAACAACCGUUCUUUGGUUUGGACUCAGAGAUGCCGAUUGUACUGGGUAUGAUCUUAGGGUUCCAACACUCGCUGUCCAUGCUGGCUGGUAUCAUCACUCCUCCAAUCAUCAUCUCAUCUGCUGCUAAUUUGAGCAGUGCCGACUCUCAAUACUUGGUGUCUGCAUCAUUAUUAGUUAGUGGUAUUUUGUCCUCUAUUCAAAUCACAAGAUUCCACAUCUAUGGAACAAAGUACUACAUCGGUACUGGGUUGUUAUCUGUCGUUGGUACUUCUUUUGCUACAAUUACCAUCGUCAAUGGUGCUUUCCCAAUGAUGUACGCCAACGGUGAAUGUCCUGUUGCUGAAGACGGAACUAAGUUGGCAUGUCCACAAGGAUAUGGUGCCAUCUUGGGUACUGGUGCGUGCUGUGCGCUGUUAGAAAUAGCUCUCUCUUUCAUCCCUCCAAAGGCGUUGCAGAAAAUUUUCCCUUCCAUUGUGACUGGUCCUGUUGUCUUGCUUAUCGGUGUUAAGUUGAUCCAAUCCGGUGUCACCAACUGGCUCGGUGGUUCAAACUGUACUGAUUACUGUCCUUAUGAAGGUGCUCCUAUGGCUGGUCAUUUCGGAAAUGCCAGAUUCUUUGGUUUGGGUUUCUUGGUUUAUUUCACGAUUCUCCUCUGUGAGAAGUGGGGCUCUCCAAUCAUGAAGUCAUGUGCUGUGAUUAUGGGUCUUUUAGUCGGUUGUAUCGUUGCUGCCGCAUGUGGUUACUUCAGUCCAGAUGAUAUCGAAGCUGCACCAGCUGCAACCUUUAUCUGGGUUCACACAUUCAAGUUAUCGGUUUACGGUCCUGCAGUGCUUCCAAUGCUUGCAACUUACAUAGUGUUGAUGAUGGAAGCCAUUGGUGAUAUCACAGCCACCUGUGAUGUUUCCCGUUUGGAAGUUGAAGGUGAUUUGUACGAUUCCCGUAUCCAAGGUGGUGUUCUUGCUGAUGGUUUCAACGGUGUUUUAGCUUGUCUUUGUACUAUCACUCCAGUGUCUACAUUUGCCCAAAAUAACGGUGUCAUCUCCAUCACAAAGUGUGCUAACAGAACAGUUGGUUACUGGUGUUGCUUCUUCCUCAUCGUCAUGGGUAUCUUCUCCAAGUUUGCUGCAGCUUUGACCUCUAUUCCAAACCCUGUCCUUGGUGGUAUGACCACUUUCUUGUUCACAUCUGUUUCCGUUGCCGGUUUGGCUAUUAUCUCUAGAAACGAGUUCACAAGAAGAGACCGUUUCGUUCUUACAGCUACUUUGGUGUUUGGUUUCGGUUCCACAAUGGUUAAGGGCUGGUUCUCAUACAUCUUCACAUACACUGGUUCUAACAACGCUCUUAAGGGUUUCUUCAACGCCAUCGUUCUUGUCAUGGAGACUGGUUAUGCCAUUGCCGGUAUUCUUGGUGUCUUCCUCAACUUGGUCUUCCCACAAGAAGAAGUUGAUGUCAAGUACAUCGAAGCCGAGGAGGAAAUUAACGAGACUGGAUCUGCUUCUUCUCAGAGUAAGACCACCCACUACGAGGAGAGAAAGGGUGAUGAAGUUAUGUAGUCAUAUUGUUUGGCAAUCGUCUUUGGUAUUUUUGCAUCUUGAUUCUUUUAU